GAGAUGCGGGACUGUGGGUUGGACGACAGUCGGCUCAUGCGCACCGUGUCAGACUCCGUGCGCCUUGUGCUGGCAGAGUCUCCUCUUGCUCCUCUGGUGCUAGGGGGAGAUCACUCCAUCUCCUUCCCAGUCGUCCGAGCAGUUUCAGAGCAUCUGGGCGGCCCGGUGGACAUUCUCCACUUCGACGCACACCCAGACAUCUACCACGCCUUUGAGGGAAACCACUACUCCCACGCCUCGCCCUUUGCCCGUAUCAUGGAGUCAGGAGCAUGCCGGCGACUGCUGCAGGUGGGCAUCCGGUCGAUCAAUGAGGAGGGGCGGGCGCAGGGCAGGCGGUUGGCGUGGAGCAAAUCCUCUUCUGCUAGUGAUCCUUCUCCCCACUCCCUGCUCCUGAGUCGACUCAAAGAUCUGGGCCUUUGCUCCGGGCGUCUCCCACAUUCACCCAUCUCUCCUCCCAUCUCCCCUCUCAUUUCCCUUGCCUCUUUUCUUCAUCCUCAGGAGCUGGGCCAGGGGGUGAAGGGAGUGUACGUCUCCAUCGACAUAGACUGCCUUGACCCCGCGUUUGCGCCGGGCGUCUCCCACAUUGAACCAGGCGGCCUCUCCUUCCGCGACGUCAUGAACAUUCUGCAGAACCUCAAGCCGGGCGGUCUCUCCUUCCGCGAAGUCAUGAACAUUCUGCAGAAACUCAAAGGUGAACAUUCUCCCAGUGAACUUUCAGUGAUAAUUCACUCCAAGCAGCACAUUGAGCCGGGCGGCCUCUCCUUCCGCGACGUCAUGAACAUUCUGCAGAACCUCAAAGGCAAUGUGGUGGGGGAGAACGUGCUCCCCCUCUGCUCCCACUGGCCUGCAGGCAAUGUGGUGGGGGGGGACGUGGUGGGGCUGAAACCGCACUGUAUGUGUCACCCACGACCCCCUCCUCCUCACCCUCCCCCUCCCCCUUCCCCUCCCCCCUCUCCCCUCCCCCUCUCCCUCCCCCUCCCCCUCCCCCUCCCCCUCCCCCUCCCCCUCCCCCUCCCCCUCCCCCUCCCCUCCCCCUCCCCCUCCCCCUCCCCCUCCCCUGCCUCCCUUCCUUCCCGCACCAUCCCCCUCCCUGCGCUCCCCACCAGGCAAUGCGGCAAUGCGGUGGCGGGGGACGUGGUGGAGUUGAACCCGCAGCGCGACACGGUGGAUGGAAUGACAGCCAUGGUUGCUGCCAAGUUUGUUCGUGAGCUCGCAGCUCGCAUCUCCAAGUAG